UUGCUUGCCUUACCUGUACAAUCAAGAGCUAUCAAUAUUCAUUUUGGUGGUGCACCUGAGCUAUAAACGACAAAGAAGAAGGUGCUCUGUGUGAUAGUCUAUUGUUCGACGAGCAUCAAAUGGAUGUCUACGUUUCUUCAUCGAAUUAUAGUCAUCAACUUUUAGCACAUGAAAUAAAAAUCGUUUAAAUUUGUCAUUAUAGUUCUCAAAAAGUAACAGCAAACGACUUUUUGCCGAAUUGUUAAAAGAGUUCACACUGCAAGUUUUUUAUUAACACAACCACAUUUUAAUCGUCUGUUCUUUUGCAAGUACUUCUCAGGAAUACAAUGGAAUAAGCUGACACACCCUAAUCCUAACUUCUUUACUUCAUGUUUAACAUUUAUAAGAACACGUCGAUUAUAACUGAGUUAGUGAUCACAUCGUCUGGUUUGAACAAGCGAAUGGUUUAGGAAAGUAGGACAUUGAAUAGAAGUGAAUACCUUGGUCGAUAGCAAUUUACCUUUAUUCGCUGAAGCUGGAAACCAGAUGGAGCGAAGAAAAAGUGAAAUUCUCGGUAUCGUGUUGUUGCUGCUGCUGACGUUUGCUUCGGAAAAUAGCUCGGCAAGUACUAAUAGUACUAAUAGCACAACGACAAGCCUCAGCCCAGGUGAUCCAAAUGUUUGCAACGUUACAACCAGGCGCCCAGCAUAUUACGCUGAGACAUACACAGUGCAGCGAGUCGAGAGAUAUGUCUCAAUGUGUAGCUGGUGGCAGUGCAUCCGUGAGAGACUAGUAACUGCAUUGGAAUCUCGACAGGUAACUCGGAUGGUAAAUACCACCAUCUUGGAUUGCUGUGAAGGAUGGCUAUACAGAAAUGGAUCGUGUAACACAUCUCUUGACAUCGGGACAGAAUUUGGUACGUAUAUAGAGGACUUGACGAUCGUUUCACCAAACUAUCCAGACAACUAUCCAAAUAACGUCAACACUCAAUGGCUUGUUUCUGGACCAGCAGACUACCAGAUCAUGGCAGUUUUUAGCACCUUUAAUCUGGAAGACAGCUAUGACAGCUUGAGGAUUGGUUCUGGUCUUGAUCCAGAUGAUACAGCAUCAUUAUUGGCUACUCUCUCAGGUUCUAUUUUACCUGAUAUCAUAGUCUCUAACAGCAAUGAGAUGUGGCUGGUAUUUACCUCAGAUGUUUCAGUUACAGAGCUGGGGUUUAGGGUAAACAUCGAAGUUUAUACUCCAGGAAACUAUGCAGACUAUACGGACUUUUCUUUAUCAAGUGAUUUUCUCGACAUGAGUAGUAUUGAUUCUAAAGACUUUAUGACGGACUCUUCUUCAUCACCUGACUUCCCGGACAUAAGUAUUUUUUAUUCAAGCGACUCUGUUAUCAAUGCAUCUGCAGGUAAAAAUAGAAUAUUGAUAAUCACUAAAAAAAAAGGGAUACAUUUUGAUAACUAUUGAUGGGAUAAUCACAUAAUAAUCCCAUCACACGCAAUCACGCCCUCUCACAAUGCUUCCGAUUUCCUGAUCCGGUGUGACAGCCGUAUCUUAAUGGGUAUGGUGAUGGUCGGUUGAUGAUUGUUUCACCUGACUACUUAGAAAGCGUGUAUAUGCUUUUAAAUAAGCAACCAGAAGACCAACGGC